UUUAUUGCUUUAUUACCAUUUGUUAAAAUUGGGGGAUAACAACGAGCACAGGAUGUAAGAGUUUAGUCUUCAACUGGUCUUCGCCUGGUAAUAAAUAAUCUAUCCUGAAACGAGAACAGUUCCCGUUAAAAGUCUUCCAUCAAAAGAAUUUUAUACAUAAAACGAAAUUUACGCAAAAUGGCGUCACGUUUCGUAAUUCUUUUGCUGCUUCUUUUCUGCUCAACAUCUUCGAUUAUGGGUGCGAGGACAAGAACAAUUUCAGCGCUGGAGCUUUUGGCGAGUGCUCGAGUUUUGCAAAACGCCAUCGGAAAUAUGGACGGAUGGACGGCCACGAUCCAGCAGAAUGAAGUGAUGCCUGGAAAACCCGAACAUUUCGCAGGAUUGAAAGUUUCCAUGGAUGAUGAAUUGCUAUCAGAAAACACCAAUUUUGGAAGAGACCAAUCUACGGCGACAGGUCACGAGACAACUGAAGCCGAAGACCUCGAAGAAUGUAGGGAACCCGCGAUCGAUGAAUUCCCGAAGGACUUAUUUUCCACAAGUGAAUUGCAAUCGGGCUGGAUCACGAUUCACAUUUUGGCAACGUUAUACCUCUUCUAUGCCCUGGCAAUCGUGUGCGAUGACUAUUUCGUCCCUUCGGUCGAAAUUAUGGCGAAAGUUUUGAACAUCCCAAGUGAAAUUGCGGGUUGCACGAUUCUCGGUAUUUCGAAUUCUUCCCCGGAACUGUUCACCAAUGUGAUAGCGACAUUCGUGGCGAAAGGGGAUCUUGGGAUUUCAUCUAUCGUGGGAGCAUCAGUGUUUAACCUUUUCGCGGUGGCCGCAUCUAUUGGCAUAAUUUGCAGAAAGACCGCUGCAAAAAUCGAGUGGUAUCCAUUAUCCCGGGAUACAUUCGUUUACGUCAUUUCCGUCAGCGUCUUGGCCUUAAUCCUGCGGGACAAUCAUGUCCACUGGUACGACGGCUUGUUACUUGUGCUCCUGUACGGUGGCUACAUUGUUGUAAUAAUCUUCAACAAAAGAAUUCACGCCUUCGUUAAACGAAUGGUCCGAAAGGUUCGAAGUAUCAAGUGUUUUCAAGGAUCGAUGAAACAAACCCCGUCGAAGAAAGGCUUGUCGACAGCGUCCACUUUCAACAGUUUAAAUAGCGUGCUAAGCAACCAAAGUCAAUUAGAUGAGGACGAAGAACAACCUAUUCCAAACGAGUUUGAUGAUGAAACUAUGCCCAUAUGGCCACUCCCCUUCGGUGAGUCGUACCUCGUCUGGACAAAGUUUAUUGUGGGCUGGCCAAUCCGACUUUUGUACAAGGUGACCAUUCCCGACUGUAAAUUGCCCACUGUUCGGAAAUGGUUUCCGGUCACGCUCCUAAUGUGCAUCGUUUGGAAUACGAUCCUCUGCUAUUUGUUGGGCUGGAUGGUAACAGUGAUAGGUUGGACGUUCGGAAUUCCCGACACGGUCAUGGGCAUCACGCUUUUUGCUAUGGGGACAUCUGUACCACAGGCCGUCUCUUCUAUCAUCGUUGCGCGGAGGGGAAUGGGAACUAUGGCCAUGAACAACGCAAUCGGAUCCAACAUUUUCAACAUCUUGGUCUGCCUCGGAGCCCCUUGGAUGAUCCAGACCUUAAUCCUUGUCGGCGACUCGAGCGCGAAUGAGCGAUACAUCGUCAUGAAUUCGAGAGCCUUGGGUUAUACUGCCUUCAUCCUGAUCGGAUGCAUGAUUGGGUUAUACCUCAUCAUUGCCGCGAAUAGAUUCAAGAUCGACUUAAAAGUCGGUAUUGUCGCAUUGGCUGGUUACUUGAUUGCUAUAACGGUUGCGUCCUUAUUCGAGCUAAAUGUCUUUAUGCAUGUUAACCCUCCGUUAUGCAAAGAUUAAUUACUUCGUAACGGAUUAUUUAAUAUAUUUAUGACUUGUACGUAUAAUAUAGUUACUUUAUCGCUUCAAAAUUUUACCCCUUGACUUCAACGCACAAAUGCAUAUAACGAGUCUUGUGAAUUUUAAAUAAUAAAAACUAAUUUUUCCAUACA